AUGUAUGCCUUCGGGGGUAUAUAAGCGCCGGCUGCUGCCGGGCUUGAUAACCACUUGCCAGUCAACGAUUACUGCCGCAACAUGUUCGCAUCAUUGAUAGCAGUAGCUUUUCUCUCAGCCAGUGCGCUCUCAGCACCAGCAGAAGAGCCAAUCCCCAUAGUCACCCAAGAGCAAGAUGGCCCAAAUCCUGAUGGUUCCUACAAGUGGAAAUUUGAAGCCGGAAACGGCAUCAAAGCAGAAGAAAGUGGUCAAGUGAAAGACGCGGGAUCGGAAAAUGCAGCACUUGAAGCUCAAGGAUCCGUUUCUUACAAGGACCUCGAAGGUCAAGAAAUUUCUCUUACAUACAUCGCAAACGAAAAUGGCUUCCAGCCUCAAGGCGCUCAUCUCCCAACGACGCCACCUAUUCCACCCGCGAUCCAGAGGGCGCUCGAGUGGAUAGCCGCCAAUCCAUCCAAGGAAGAUCAGAACAAUGUCUAAUGAAUUUUUAACAUCCUGAUGUGACCUGAUCUCAAUGACCUUGACUAUCGCGACUCUAUUAACUAUCACAAAACCAUGUCCUUUAAUUAUUUUUAGGACACUGGCUCAAAUUAGUGUUGUACAUAUUUAUUUUCUAUUAUCUAUUGUCUAUUAUCUAUUUUAGUAUUUUUAUUACCUGUCAAUUAGUGUUUUUAUGAUACCGCUGUUUCGAUGAGAGGCAUGUAAUUCACGGAAAUGGGCUGCGAAUAAAUGAUGCAUCCUGAGAGAAAA